UACAUAAACUCAAGGGCGCUUGAAGCAGGCCGAGCGGUGGUACGGCUGCAAUGGGCGCAGUCGCUCCCGCCCCCGGCAGCCAAAAGCUUCGCCUGCCCCUUAGCAAGUCCUUUCUCUUAGGCUUAGCAAGAAGGCAGCAAAAAUGGCCGAGCGCAAGACCAGGGAUAUGCGGGAGAUCCGCAUCAGCAAGCUGGUGCUGAACAUCGCCGUCGGCGAGUCCGGUGACCGCCUGCAGAAGGCCGCCAAGGUGCUGGAGCAGCUGACCUCUCAGGUGCCCGUCUACGGCCGCGCUCGCUUCACCGUGCGCUCCUUCGCCAUUCGCCGUAAUGAGAAGAUUUCGUGCUACGUGACCGUCCGCGGCGAGAAGGCCUACGACCUGGUGAAGCGUGGCCUGGCCGUGAAGGAGUUCGAGCUGAUCCGCAAGAACUUCUCCGACACCGGCAACUUCGGCUUCGGCAUCCAGGAGCACAUCGACCUGGGCCUGAAGUACGACCCCUCCACCGGCAUUUACGGCAUGGACUUCUACGUGUGCCUGGAGCGCCGCGGCUACCGCGUGGCCCGCCGCCGGAAGCAGAAGGCCCACGUGGGCGUCAAGCACAAGGUGACCAAGGAGGACGCCAUCAAGUGGUUCCAGCAGGAGUUCGACGGCGUCGUCCUCAACAAGGCGCCCGCCUCGUAAAGCGGCCACAAGAGGCUGGUGAUGACAGAUGCCACCCCAUCUGUGUAACAAGUCCUGACC